CUAGGAUCUCUUCCAUUGUUCCUGAAGGUUCACGUACAUGUGUCCUCACCUUGAGCUCCUGUGAAGCAAGGCAACGUGAAGGCAUGUCUGUGAUGACCCUGGUGGUGCCCUGCUCCCCACCCAUGGUGUGGCGGGUGCUCAUGUAUCUGGGGGGCCAGGCAGCCAGCCAGACGGCUUGUGCUACACACACCCUCAUUCUGUUUUCAUGCGAUAAUUCUUUUAUGUUGAGACUUUUUUUUCCCUCUUUUUGCAGUGUGAGGCUUUGCCACCCACAACGUAAAAGAGGUGAUCUCAUGUUAGUUUCUGUGUUGGAUUAAAGUCUUUGAGCAGCAAAACCUCACAGAGCAAGGAGCGCUAAUUACACUCUCAGGCUUGUCAAUAAUUGAAUUCCUUCAAACUCUCUCUUAAAGAGCCCUCUGUUUGAGAGGCUCCCUGAAUCAUGGCCUUUACCUUUUAAAUUGAGAAUGAUCAGCAUUUAUAUCAUUUAACAAUUUUCACUAUGAAAUACUUCCGACAGCCAGAGGCAUAAGGAAUCAUCUUUAAAACAAAAAGUUACCCAUUUCCCCAAACCUCCUGCAUCUCCCUGGUUCCAUUUCGUGGUGUCCUGAGUGGGAUGUUUAUUUGCCAUAAGAUCCAUUUCUUUAUACUUUGACCACACGUGAUGUCCUCUAAACAGUGUGCUUUCCCUCUUUAAAAAUGUGGUGUCGGUGGCAACGUUCUGCCUCAUUCUUCCCGAAGUCGCUAUGCUGCUCACCCUCAGGGCUGAGCUCCGUGUGGUGACGUUGCUCCUCUGUCUUCGUCACCGCGUGGACCUUCCUGCCAUCCUGCUGCUGAGGGUCCACACACGUCACUGCUCCCCGCCCCCACCCUCCGGCCUGCUGCCUCCUGGUGCAGUGUGCAUCCCUGACACUGCCCUGCUUUCCAGAAGGUUCUGGAAAUGCCGACCUGUGGGUCUGAGGAAACCUGUGAGCAGCUCCCACACACCCAGCCCUCAGUGGAGCCUCCUCGCAGGGGUAAGAGUGGCAGGAAGGACACACCUGGGCUGUUCUCCCGAAUAAAUAACUGAGCAGCACGGUGGAGAAGGGGACCUGCAGGACAGCGGCGGCAGGAAGGGUCUCACUGUCCACAACGGGUCUCACUGUCCACAACACGGAGGUAUUGGUGGCAGUUUCUGAGUUGUGUCCUCACACCAGAGACCAGACUCCGGAGGCACAGGGAGGGAGCAAGGCAGGGGCUGUACCCCCAGGACCCACAGUCCCUCCAGAUCCACUCCGCGGGCGGUGGGAGGUGGGGGUCAGCUCUGUCCCUCCCACAGGCGCCGUCUCCAGGUGAGGCACCCUGUGCUGCUCAGACCCGGCCCGUCACCCCUGCGUCUGGUGGUCACGCUGGUGCGGGCCCCACACUGUCCUGGUCCCUGAGCAUUAAGUGGAGUCCUCGUUGGGCCAUUUCAUUUCCUUGUAAGUGUCCCCAAAACCUUUGGGCAUUUUUGGGGGCAGUUUCAUUGAAUUGUUCAUGAAAUUGAAGAGAGUUGACUGGUUAAGGAGAGAAGCAAUUAAGUCAUAGAAGCGGCCAGACCUUUUGCCAACAAAAGUAAUUUAAAAAGUAGGAGCCGGAGAGGAAACCGUGGAGCAGAGGGCGAGACCUGCCCAGAUGUCUGUGGUCCCUUAUCUCCUGCUGCCCCUGUGGUGGUAGGCGCACCCCCUGGGGUCCCAGGCAGGGCCUGGAGCGUGGCGCAGGUCCCGCUGCUGGUGGGGACCCGGGGCCUGCCCCAUCUCUUCCUCACUGUCAGCGUCUCAUGGGUUUGUCAGAGCUCAUUUGCAGGAAGUUCAGUUGUUUUGUUCUCAGAAUUGUCCUUCGUUCCUUGGAUGCUGCCAAAGCUGCGUGUUGACUGCUGCACCUGAUGGUGUCUUAUUUGGGCUGGAGUGUGUCUAGCUUGUGCUGAAUGGCCCAGACUGGGGAGUUAUUCACCUUUUUCACCUUCGCAAACCCCAGUACCCCCCGACCACUGAAAUUAUGGCUGCUCAGCACAACCCUAAUUGAGACAUUUCAAGUGGGAGGUGGGUGGACCAACCACAGGAGCAGCCCAGCAUUCAGAGCCCACCCCUGGGCAGGCGGACACUGGUGCCCAGUUGCAUUAGAGUAGGCAUCACUGUGUUGUGUCCAUGGACCCCACGCUCUCACCUGGAGGAGCUGCUCCCCUGAGAUACCUUGUGGGACCCUCAAAGCUGGUUGCCAUGGAGAAGGCAGCAGGGCAGUGGCUGCUGAACCACGGGUUCAACACUUGCCACACAGAGCCCCGGGCCAGACACCAGGAAGGAACUGAACCCACACUGUAGAACGUGGGGGAGCUGCAGCAGGUCUGCGCCUGGCCUAGAACAGUAGGUCUUGGGGCUCCGUGAGAGGGUCCACGGAGGGCACUUCCAGGUGUAAACUGUGAUUUUAUACAAGGGUGUGCCACCCUUCCUUACAUCAGAGGUUUCUCUGGAAAGGAAGACCAGGGUCAAGUUUGGUCCACUGUGUACCUGCAGAAGCUCCCCCUUAACCUUCCCGAUUCUUAAGUGAUGCUUUCACACCUGCGCCUUGGGUCCUGUCCCUGUGUCCAACCACUUUAACCUGGAGACAGCUGACAUGCUGUUGUCUCCGGGCACUGGGACUCGGGCAGCUGCAGACCCCAAGGGCCAGCCUGGACCUCAGGUCUGCAUGUGGCAAGGGGCCAAGGGAGGGGGUCCCACCUGGGGAAGGUGACCCCACCAUCUGCACAGCUUCCACAGGACACUGUGGCCCCUUCCAUGUGGCCGCUCGAGGUGGGGAGUCACGUCCAGGUCAUGUUUACCAUGGUCGUAGGUGCCGGACGUCAGCGUGGCUGGGUUUUCCUUGGGCUCCCCAAGCUCUGUGCCUGGUGUCCCGCAUGCUUCUUGAGUGUGUGGACGUGAGCUCAGCGUCCGAGGAUCCAUGUGCACCGGCUGUGAGGGUGGGUGAGGGGUGCGACCUUCUGGUCCUGGCCUCCUUGGUUCAGUCACUCAGCCAACAGCUGCAGUGCUGCCCCAGGGGCCCCAAACCAGGGGGACUUGUGGGCAGGCUCAGGGGUGGGGGGAGGAAGGCCUGGGGCGCUUGGAGGCCCUGCCCUCCUGGGUCAUGACCCCCAAACCCCCAUGCCCCACAGGACCACCAUCUGGACCCACCGCGUCCGCUUCCUGGAAGAGUGGGCCCUGCCCCACUGGGCAACCUUCACCAUCUGGAAUGCGGGCCGGCAGGGCCGCCGGCUCUACCGCAGCCUGACGGCAGGGUCACGGUGCAAGGUGGUCGCCUUCUGCGACGUGGACGAGAACAAGAUCAAGAAGGGCUUCUACUGCUACGAGGACUCUCAGGAAAGGCCCAAGCCCCGGGUCCCGGUCCUGCACUUCCGAGCCGCACAGCCACCCUUUGUCAUCUGCGUGAAGCUGGACCUCACAGGGGGCGCAUUUGAAGACAAUCUGAGGUCACUGCACCUGCAAGAGGGCCGGGAUUUCCUUCACUUCAGCUGACAGACCCAUGGCAGCUGCUCCCAGGUAUGUACGGGGCCCCCAGCAGCCGCAGCCCAGGGUCGAGAGCAAGUAGGGAAGGAUGGCCCCGUGGCCCCCGGUGGGGAACGUGCCCGGUGGAGGGUGACACCCAGAUGCCCCUCAAAUCCCCUUCACCAGGAGGGCACGUCUUAGUGUUCUUAUCGGGUGUGGUUUACGUGUGGUAAAGCACACAGCCGUGAGCACAAGCCUGAGGGGUGUUGUCCACACCCCACCGUGUAUCUCUGACACGUGUCCACACGUGUGUACAGAUACCACAGACGGAGACAUGGAGCAGAGGGCGUGGCCGCACAAUGCACCCUCCCCAGAGAGCCUCCCUCGUGUCUGUGGCAGACGUUCUAGUCACUCGCUCUAGUCACUGCACGGCUCCCCAACGCCUGCCUCGUUCCCAGCUCUGGCCACUGUGGAAAGUCUGGUCCGUGUCUGGGUGGGUGGCUGGCUCCAUCCAUGUGGGGGCCGCAUGUGUGAGAGACAUGGAACUAGACAAGGCCCACCCUGGGGACAGGGGCUGAGUGCUCACAGCUUGUCUGGUGGGGAGCUGACCCCUCACCAAGCACAGCAGAGACCUGCGGGUGGAGGGGGAGGCCCCGCUGUGCCUGGCGGGGGGCCAUGGGCGUGAGCGGUCAGGGGAGUGAGUCUCCUUCUCCGAUUGGUCCUAAGUUGGAUGUAUGGCUAGAACUGGGGAAGCUGGCAGUUGUGACCACGUCCUGGCCAUUGGGGACCAGUGGCUACACAGUUCUAUGUUGAGACACGGUCUGGAGUUGUCCCUUUGUGCAUUUGGUCUCUCGGUCCCAGGAGGCCAAUGGCUUUUCCCUAAAGGUGACGCACGGCUGCUACCCCCGGGGGCCUGUCUCCUUGGUCCAAGAACAAAUCAUUGAUGUGUUGAAUCACUGGUGCCAUUAAUGCUGGAGUUGAGUGAUGACUCCCACUGAUGGGAGCCCUGCCCUAACUUUAUGUGAACAAGGUGGUAACUCCUGGGUCCGAGUAGGGUCAGGGGGCUUGAACAAUCAGGAGUGGCCUCAUUGUGGAGUCACGUCUGAGUCACAAUUCCCUGCUCUGGUGAUUUAAAAGCAUCAGGGUCUCUGCAUGCAGAGUCUCGGAAGACCCUUCCCAAAGCACACGAGGUGUUGGUCAGAGGCAAGAGGAUCAGUGUUCUGGCUACAGGACCUUCUAAAAAUGCACGUUUAUUUUUAUACUGUAUGCUACUAUUGUCCAUUAAAAAGAAAUUCUACGUGCUUUUAAAAAUCUGUAUGUUAGCCGUUAUUCUUUUUGUUACAUGGUUGUUGUUUAUAGUUUUCUCUGCCCAACAUUGUCUCUUGCACCUGCAUUCACCUGGCAGCAGGAAAAUGAUCCCUACGCUUUAUCCACUAGAAUCUGCCCCCAGAAUCUGCCUGAAGAUAUUUCUGUCAUCAUGACUGGGAAGGGGGUUUGCUACCGGCAUCUAGGUUGUUGCUAAACAUUCUGCAACACACAGGACGGUCCCCACAACUAAGAAUUAUUCGACCUCAAAUGUCAACAGUGUCAAGAUUGGAAACCAGUGGCAUUAAGGAGGUUUGUUUUAUCUGUAACGACCUAUUUUGUUCUUCCCUGAAUGACAGCUGAACUAGCUUCAGUCCAGCCGAGGCAAAUUGUUUUCUCUCAGCUCGAUGAGGAUCUCAUUCCAGUGUUAAGUCCACUGUUGCCAUCCAAGAGGGGCAGCUGCCUGGACCACCCAGUCUCCCAGCAGUUCCGCUGCAACGUGUCCAGACGUGAGCUUGUCCUGUUUGGGAUCUUGCUUCUAUCACCAAGUAUGUGGCACCGUCUCCCGAGACCCCAGCCACACACAGGGCAGGUUCUCUGGUGUCUCUUGACUUUGUUUUCAUAUUUUUCCAGUUGUUUUUCUGGAUAAAACUCCUUCAGAUCUUCCAGUUCCCCAAUUCUCUCUUCAGCCAUGUCUAGAUGGUUGUUUAAUUCAUCCAUUGAGCCUUUUCCCCCCUAAUUUCCUCUUGAUAAUUUCUAACCCUUUUCAAAACUAAAUUCAUUUUAGAUUCUGUGUCUUUUGGGGUCUGAUUUUACUAAGGUCUUGCUAAUGGUGCCUUGUUUCUUUGUGCAUUUUGUGCAAUUUGGGGAUGUGAGCUUAUGUUCUUCUCUCUGUAGGGCUCAGCCUGCAUCCUUCCAGAGAGGGUUUUGUUUGCCUCCUCUGCCCAGUGUCUGUCAGCACCACUGGUCAGGGGCCAUUGUGAUCACAUUCCUCUCCACCAGCACCGGGCAGAGACCAAGACAGAUGUGCUCCUGUGGGGACCUACUUCCCUCUCUCCUUGCUGCUGAGGGUACAGCUAUUUAGGGCCCCAGCUGCAUGUGGGGUCUGCUACUAGAUUUGGCCCUGGGCCUUAUGCUAUCACAUCCACACUUCCCAGCCAGCCUCCAGGGCUCAGCAGACAUGGAUCCUGGGGACGCCAGAGACCUGCUCACUGGGAUGGUUCACUCUGUGUCUGGGACAUGGCCAUAUGCUCACGGCCACACCGCUGCCCUCACAUAUCCUGUUUCAGGCACGAGGCUUCUUGCGGCUCUUCAGACCCACCCACCUCACUCCCACUGGGGCCACAGGUGCCCUUCUCUGCCCCUUUCGGGGGCGGGGGUGUCUCCUGACCACUCCCUCUACCAGGUGGCAGCCCAGCACUGUCCACCCACCCUGAAUUGCUUCAGACCACUGCUUUCCACGAUGUCCACCUCUGCUGUUGUCUGCUUCUGGCCACGUCGUCAGUCGUGAGGGGGGGCUCCCCACAAAGCCGUCACCUGGACCCAGAUGGGCUCCAAAUGGAGGAGGAGGUUCCCAGCCACCAGACGCCUGAUGAGAACAGGUGCUGACCAGUAGGAUCUGACAUGGCCGAAGGUGUGCAGGGGCAGCUGGACACUGCCGGCUUUGUUGGUUUUCCUCGGGUUGCAAAGGUAGACCAGCAACGGAAGAAGAAUUGCUUCAUGACACAGUAUCAUCAGUGUGGUAAACUGGCCUGUCUCCAUGUCUCAGAGACCAUGUCUCUGGAAUCUUGGUGUUUUUUAAAAAUUAUGCUAAAAACAUUUCAUUUUAUUCCUUCUCAAAAGCGCCUUGCUUGGUUUUCUCAGCCAAGGUCUAUGUGCUGCUCUGUGGACCCCGCCUGCUACAGGGAUACAAGUGGGGCCUCCUGUGGCCACCCUGCAGGAGAGCCUUCCAACCAGCAUGGCCUCAUGUGGCCUGAGGCUGCCUGGGCAUCCAGGACCCCUCACCACGUGACAACGUCCACCAGCUAUGGGGCCUCUGGCUGUUCUUCCAUUGAAAAUGGAAAACUCUCUACUUAUUUUCAAGAGGAGACAUGUUUUAAGGCUUAAAUGAAAUUAAAGUUAAAACCUCAUGCAAGACUAACAUGGGCUUCCACUCUCAGGGAAGGUCAGCGUUCCCGGCAUGUCCACUGGCUCAACUGGAGCAGGAGAAACUCACUUAGCAAAGGCAGCAGGAAAACCCGUCUCAGGAUUGUACCGACACCACCUACCAUGGCCUCCAGCCAUGGACCCGUGGGCGCGCACGUCCCAGGAGGGGCGGUCUGUCCCGUGGCCCAGGUGCAGGAACACUGUCCUGGGCCCAUGGCUGGACGACUUCACCUCAGAUGUUCUACCUGCCCAUCCACAUCUGUCCUGCAUCCAGACCUCAACCCAUGAAGCAGCAGGUGGAAGGGUGGGGAUGGACCAGGAGCCUGCCACACAAAGGCUCCCGCAGGAGGCGGCCUGACCCCUCAGCACUGAGACUGGCCACGCAGGUGCUCAAGUGGGGAACCUUUACACACAUCGGCCUCACUGGCCCCUGAACAGGCCAGCAUGAGUGCCAGCCCAUGUGGACAAAAGCAGCCUGUCUUUGCUUCAGAAACCCUGAGUGUGUACCCCAUUCUGGACAAAUGAAAAAAAAGGUUCAGACAAUGUGGUUCUUCUCCCGUCACCAGAGAACCACUUCCUGGAGGCCACAUGUCGGCAGAUCUAUGAAGCCACUGACCGUGCCCUGCUUCCGUUGAGGGUUUGAGCUGCUGUCACAAGUCCCCUGUGUGGCUGAACUGGUCCUGGUGGGAUUCUGAGAACACAGGUUGGCUCUUUCUGACUGAAUGAAACUGCACGAGGGCAGGUGACGUGCGUGCGACCGCCAUGCGCGCUGGGCACUAGAAUGGGGUGAGGAGGGAAGACAGCCCCCACCCGCACUGCAAAAGAGACCCGGAGGCGGCGCUCAACGGCACCCACCCCCACCCCCACCCCAAGGCAUGGCACCUUCUCUGCCCCUGCAGCAUCUGACAUGUAACGUGAGUCGCUCAGAGCUUGUCAGCGGCUACGAGCAAGCCCAACAAGGCCA